AUGGAAAAUUCGUUAUCGUUUUGGUCAGAUGACGAAAAUGUCGAUGAAUUUGAUGAACAUGAACAACAUCCAUAUUAUGUUUUGGAUGGAAUUCAAACUCGAAUGGUUUGGGUAACAAAUUAUAUCAAUAAUGAAGAUUUCUCAAUCAAUGUACCAGUUGAUGAUCCUGUUCUUCAAUUGGCUAGUACUUUUUCUGAUACCAUUGACGUUGAACCAUUACUUUUAAAAAACAAAGAUGAUGAAUCAUUAGUCAAUAAAAUCCAUACUCUUGACUUAUCAAAAUUAAAUUUAGAUGAUUUAUUAUUACUUUUAUAUCGACUACAACAAAAAACAACAAAAAAUUCUGUUGCAACGUCACCGUCUACUACAAGUUCUUCAUCUACAUCAUCAUCGUCAUCAUCAGGUUUUAUAGAACGUCAACCAUCAUGUAAAAUAUCAUCACAAAUGUCAAUACGUCAUCCAUUAAAUUCAAGACAUUCUCAUACUGUCCAUUCAUCUCUUUCAAUGCUCAAUGAAAUACCAUCUUAUUCACAUACAAACAAUCGUCAACAAACUUCUUUUUCUUUAUCAAAUAUGGCAGAUGUACCUAAACAAUUGACUACAACAUUAGCUAAACCAAUAUCAUCAUUUCAUGCUCAUAAUACAAAACAUAUUCAUUCACCCAAUGAUGUUGUUGAUAAACUUCUUCAAUCUUUCAAUCUUCAAAAUUAUAAUCAAAAUAAUCAAAAAUUUAUUGAACAUAAACUACAACGAUGUUCAUCACGUUAUACUUAUCAACAAUCUCAACAACAUAAAGCAAAACUUAUUUCAAAUCUGCUUUCUUCAAAUUCGAUUCGAAAACUUCCUUGUCAUCUUCAUCAAAACAAUUCGUAUCACUAA